AUGUCAGGUUGUUUCAAGGGAGCUCAAGCAUUAAUCCGGGAAAAGAAUCCUCAGGCUGUUUUCUCUCCUUGCAGUGCACACACGCUUCAUCUUUGCGGAGUUCAUGCAGCUGAGUCUAAUGAUGUUGUGAAAAUGUUCUUGGGAAUAUUGAAAAACUGUACAAUUGAUUUAGUUCCAAUCCAUCUCGCUGGAAAAUCUUGCAAGACACAUGCUCAUAUUUCACGGCAUAAAUUGCCAGUUACACGUUGCAGUGCUAGAAUUGAGGCUGUAAAGCCGCUAGCGAAGAGGCGCAGAGAAAUCUUAGAUGCUUUAGACAGCCUGAGGGAACAUGAUUUGCCUCCUGAUCUGUGUAAUGAUGUGGAUACUCUCAGCAAAUGGUUAAGCUCGUUUGAAUAUACAUUACUGGUCAGUUUUUGGUUUAAAGCGCUACAAUCCAUUAAUGAUGUUAGUUUGUUGCUUCAAGGUUCUGGAAUACGAUUGACGAACAAUUAAAUCUAAUUAAAUCUCUCCAAAAUGAUUUAAAGCGCAUACGUGAAGCUUGGAAUGUUAUCCUUGAGGAAUCAAAGCUUGUUGUUGGUGCUUUGGGCCUUACUCAACAGUUUCAGGAAAAACGACGACGAAUUCGCAAGGCAUUAUAUGACGAAAAACGGGAUAACGAAUAA